AAGUAUUGAAACGAAAGUUGAGUUUAGAAGACAUCAGACCUACUUCAAGUGUAAACAGUCGCACAGUCGCGGAAAUUGUUGCGAAUUCGAGCUCCAGAACCACUCGAGCGGAUCCUGAGACGCGAUGGCGCCGAAUAUAAUUGCUUACUUUUAUAGCCUGACCCGUGAAUUGUUUGAUCGUUACAGUGAUCCCCGAGUCGCGCAUUUGCCACUCGUCGGAAAUUUGGGGGCUAAUCUGGCAGUUGUGGGCGUUUAUUUGGCCUUCGUGCUGCAUUAUGGCCCCAAGUGGAUGCAGAAUCGCAGGCCGUUCGAGCUGAAGCUCGUCAUGCAAAUCUAUGACGUCAUACAAGUGGUGUUUAAUUCUAUUUUAUUCGUUUACGGCUUGUACUACAGUGUCUUUCAGUCAGAAUAUAGUAUACUUUGCCAGGUUGCAGAUCAUUCCAACACCCAGCCCUGGAUGAUGCGACUACUAUAUUCAACGUAUGGCUAUUUUUUACUGAAAUACCUGGAUUUGUUUGACACGGUCUUUAUCGUUCUAAGGAAGAAGAACUCGCAGAUCAGCUUCUUGCAUGUGUAUCAUCAUGCUGGAAUGGCUUUUGCCUCCUUCAUAUACAUUACGUUUUUGGGAGGCUCACAUGCCUCAAUGCUGGGUGUCCUUAACCUUCUGGUCCAUACUGUCAUGUACUCCUACUACUUUGCCUCUUCCAUCGGCGCCCUGCAGCAGACCCUCUGGUGGAAACGGCAUAUAACUCAGCUCCAGCUAGUCCAGUUCGGCGUCCUCGCCCUGCACUUCACGCUUGUGAUUUUCCGCAAUCCCUGCAACCAUCCCAUGCUCAUCGCAUUCAUGGGUACGAUCCAAAACACGUUCAUGCUUAUAAUGUUCUCCGAUUUCUACUACAAGACUUACAUACGCAAGCCGCGCAAGCAGCAGGAGCUGGCGGGCCGACCGGAUGUUUCGGAGUCAAAGUCUAAGCUUAGUUAAGCCGAUAAAUAGGCUCACGUGUACUAAUAGCGCUAAUAUUAAAUUCAUUCAUGCCACAUUUGCAUAACUCUAAAUGAAUCAAAUGAAUAACUUGUUAUGGAUCUUAUCUAAAAAUUCGGACAAAUAAUAUUAUCCCGGUCGUUUAAUUCUGAAAUCAA